AUGGGUGUCCUAAAACUGAAAAGUGACAAGAAGAAGAGGGAAAAGGCGAAGGAAACCAAAAUAGAUUAUGCAAAAUGUUUAAAAAGAACAAAAAUUAAGGAGAAAAUAAUUCGGAAGGACACCGAAGACGAAUUCGACCUCUCGAUAUUCGCCAAAACAGAUCAUGCAUCGAAUAAAAUACGACAGCUGAAUUAUGCCAAACUAGUUAAAGCCAUAAGGAAAAACAAAAAUUUAAUUGCAAAUCAUGUGCAAAAAAUUUUGGAGAUUUACGGAAAGGGCAUUAUAGAUGACGAUGAAAAUGUCCGUAAUUAUUCCUCCAAAAUAUUUUACCAUUUGGUGAAUAGCCAUAUCGAUUUUGAUGUCUUCCACAGCAAGAUUAAAACUUGCUUGUUUCACUCGCUGAAGAUAGGAAGAGUCCCUCUAAAGGUGCUAAACCUGGAGCUAUGUCACAGCUUCUUUUUUACGAAGAUUCACUACUGCCAUAAGUUUUUCUAUGAAUUUUUGAGCAACAUUUUGGGCUGCUUCGUUUCGCUGCCGAUUGAGAAGCAGGUCACAACGGUGAAGUAUUUCUUCCUCUUGUUCAAGCACAAAGGGAGAUUCAAGCGGGGUGGGAGGAACCUCCCCAGUGGGGUGAAGCAACAAGGGAGAAGUGGUUCCGUGGAAGAAACAUCCAUUGACAUAGCAGAGGAGGGGGGUCCUCUCCAUGGAGAAGAAAUCCCUGAUGACGAAUCAAGGGGAGACCCGGACAAUUGCUACGAAUUCAUAAUCCGCACGAACAAGCGAAACAGCUGUAACGACCCCUUCCUGCUGAAGAAGGAGACAAAAACGAGCAUCCCGGUGGCAACCAAAAUGGAGAUUUACACAAAACUACUGAAAUGUCUGUACAACUUUAUGGAUGAAGUGGUAUACAAUUCGAUCAACGUAGAUUUGAUUCACCUCUACACGAAGAUUUUAAAAGUAAUAACAUUUAUCAUGAAGAAGAAAAAAACAAUUUUGAAACAAGAAAUGAUGAUCCUAAUUAAUAAUUUUCUGCACAGAGCAAUGGGGGUGAUUAACGAACAUGCAGCUGAGUUAAGUAGCUGCAAAAAGGUGCUGAACAUGAUUUACUACUUCUUCCUGUUGGUUUUAUCACUGUGUGGAAAAGAGAUGAAUAAUUUUGAGGAUGCCAAUAGGAAGGUUCCAAUAAACUACGUAGGGUUAGUAAAGUAUUGUCUCUCCAUUUACUUUUAUGCCCUAUUACGAUGUGAAUUUUUUACCGUAGAAAAUCCGGAGCAGCAAAGAAGCGGAGGUGCCCCAAACGGGGAUGUAAAAAGGGGGAAUGAUUCAUUUCAUCACAGUGAAGGGAGAAGUCACACGGAAGUAAGCACUCAUGUAGUCAACAAUUUUUGUGAUGGGAAGAGGAAGAAGGGGACACAAAAAAACAUGGAGAAGUAUGCAAGGAAAUACUUUCACCUGUUAGUCUGUCUGUACGAAAUGUUUAUUCAUCGAAAGGAUAAGAAAACUGUGUGGCAAGAUGGAGCAUCCCAUGAGGGAAAAGCAAGCGGGAAAAACACCGACCAGAGGGAGAAAAGCAACAACAGUAAUAUUGCUUAUAGCAAUGCCGAAAGGAUAAUCAAAUUGGUGGAAAAAAAAGUACACAUGUAUGAGAAUGGUAGAGAGGUUAGAGUUCUAUGUGGACUCGUGUUAAAAUAUUUAAGCAACUUUUCGCAAAGCAGUAUCGACCAGAUGGAUCAAUUUUGCUACUUUGUAAUUAUCCUUGCGCAACAGGCAAAUGGGGGGGUGAAUCAACCCGAUUAUGGAGUACCACAUGUGGGGGAAAGACUCUCCACUUUUCAAGAGGAAAACACCCAACAGAAUAGCUACCAGUGGAGGAGUGCGGAUCACUUGGAUGAGGGAGGCUCCCAAAACAGGAGGUCAUCAUUUCCAUUCUUAACCACCCCUUUCAUGUUCGUACUUUUAGCAGACUGUGAGUGCUUCAUAAAUAAUAACUUCUUCGACACGUUUUUCGAAACGUUUAACGAAGAAGAGAGGAGUAGAACAAUGGAAGCGAUUUCGUUUGUGCAGAAUGGAGGAAGUACGAUCAACAUAGUUACGAGACAGACUUUUGAUUGUUUUGUUGGAAAAUUAUUUUCCAUUUUGUACAGUUAUAAUAACGCCAUUUUUGUGAAUAACUGCCUUUUUUUCCUUUCCUUCCUAAGUGUAAAUAAGCGGAAGGUGAAGAAGGCGUACGUGAAUUUUAACCAUUGCAUUGGCACCAGGCUGGAAAUGGAACAGCUGCUUCGCCUCGAUGUAAGGACCCACUUGGAUGAUGUGAUGAAGGAUAAGGGAGAGAUACUGAUUGAUUACUUUUUAAGCAAAAAUAGACACAUGAUCCACUCCUUUGAGCUAAUUUCUAAUCUGUAUUUUUUGUACGAAAAUAGAAGUAGAAGGUUACUCUUGUUCAUUUAUUUUUUGAUUUUAAAAUUUGAGAAGGAGGGGAGUACCUUGCGCUUCGCCUUGGGGGAGGAAGAAGCCAUGGUUCUUCUGGCCCGGGUUUUUCGUACCCCUCUUUGGAAUGACUACACAUGCGUAGUAAACGUUCAGUGUAGCAGCUUCCCUUUGGUUGGUGUCUCCCCCGAACAGGGUCACCAGGGCGAUGCGGAGGUUAACCCAGAUGGGGGGAAGACAGAAGAAGGGAUUUCUCUUUAUUUUCUCAAAAAAAAAUGCACAUUUAGGAUAAACAAGGAUUAUCUAUAUAGGGAAGAUUUUUUACUUUUCUUUCUCAAGAUGAGCGUAUCCAAGUGGAAUUUUAUUAUCCGAAGUGACAUAUACACAGUUAUGCAUGUGAACUGUUCAAACCGAGAUGGACAUACAACCGUUGCGCAGGUCUCAGGUGGAGAGAAAUAUGUCAACCUCAUUUUGACUAUAAAACGAAUGGCAUUCAUCAUUUCUAAUGUUAACGUAUGUAUUGAGAAUAAGGGAAAGAAUUUGAAUAACUCCCUUUUCAUAAUGGAUUACUUAUUUGGGGUAAUCGAUCGGGUUGGGUUGACUGAUCACCCCAUGGCAGGGUGCUCAAACGAUUGCGAUAGAUUAUUCGUACUAGUUAAAGUGGCUUUUCUGUUUUAUUUCGUAUCUUUUUAUUUGUUCCCAUGUUUGUUGUCCAAGAGGAGGGGAAGUUUGCAUCCAGAGGGAGGAGCAAUCGAUGUGGGGGAGAACCGCAGGGAUAGAGAAGAAGUUACUGGCGUUUUGGCUGCUGUCAAGCAGGGGGAAGCGGAUUUACAAGUUGAUGCAGCGAUUGGACGGGAGCAUAUGUACUACGACCACAGUGAAGAUGCGACGGUUGACGUGGCUACUUUUGUCGAGUUCGUGAAGGAGACCCUUUCCAAAAGUGGCAACAAGGAAGAAGAACCCCAAUUGGAUAAGUUCGCAUAUGUGAUGCCGCACUCCCACAUGGCCUGUAGAUAUUUUGACAUCCUAUUUGAGCAGGGCGUUAUGUACACAUGCAGCGUUAAUGAGGACCUUCAACAAAUGACAAGCGUGAACUUGGAAUAUAAUCUGAGCACCCACGUAGAAUUUCAAAAUAUGCUCACAAAAAUUGAGAGCAGCAUAACCAUCGUCAGUUUCAACAGCAUAGUAGAUGUACCUGUAAGGGGAAUCAUCAAAUUGCUGGCAAUCACCAUUUUUAAAAUGUCACUCAACAGGAACAUUUUGUAUGCUCGGUUGGUUAACAAUUCGGACUGCUUUCCGAAUGAGUACCUUUACGAUUUAAACUUUUUCUUUUUUUUCCAUCAUUUCGUGUCAUGGUUGAUUCAAAAAGUGUGGAGCUUAUCUGAUGGUCCCUUCUCCCAGCGGAGUUACUACUCCAUCUCGUUCUUAAUAGAUAUCCUUAUGUGCGCGUACUGCAUCAUGGAGGAGGUCGCGAAGACGAUGGAGAUGACAUUCUGUCGGGGCGCGACAGGAGAUGCGGCAAAUGAGGCAGAUAAGGCAAAUGAGGCAGAUAAUCCAGAUGGCCCACAUAUGAUGGGCGAACCCCCACUUGCAGCAGCAAAAAGGAGCCUGCAAAAACUGAAUGAACGGCUGAGGUGCACACUGAACGAAAUGCCGCAAAAGGAUAAGAGAUACCUUUUCCCGCGAGUCAAGUUGCUAGUAGAAAAGUAUCUCUAA